CCCGAGAAUAAAUGCAGUGUAAUCCGAACAAGUGAAACGACUGGCUGAGCGAGCGGUGCCAGAGUCGACGACGGACAGUUGGUGAGCUGAGAGCGCGCGAGAGAGACCUGACAGUGAACUAAUAAAUACGCCGCAGUUGUUGAGCUGCGCGAGUGUGACCUAUAUACCUGCCGUCCUUGGAGCGAGGGCCGCCUGCGUGUUUGUGUGUGUUUCGGUGCAUUCGUAGACUUCACAGCAGCUCGUUGUGAACGUCACUGUUGCGGUGACGCAGUUUCGAGAAGAAGUCGUCGCGACGCACCCAGGACGGUGUCGGCGACCUGCGCGGAGAGCGAGUGUGUAGGAAGGGGCGCGAAUGUCCACGGCGGCACCGACCCCCCGCAAACAGCAGUGAUGCCCGUGCCCGCCGCUCGCAACCUGCCCUCGCCCACCGACCCGCAGUCCUUCUUCCACUACCCGCCGUCGGCCCCGGACAAGACCUCGCCCGUGGCCGCGCCGCCGGAGAAGGCGAAGGGUCGUGAUGACGUGUCGGUGACCACGCUGCCCCCCAGCCCCAUCGUCCACCCGUACACCUCGUGCCCGUCGCCCAUCUUCCAGCUGGAGUUCCCUCACGACCUGGAGUGCCUGACGCCCAGCCCGGACCCGAGUCGGGCCGGCACUCCCGACGGGUUCCGCCACUUCCUGCAGGUGUCUCUCUCCAGGUCUCCUUCCCCAAGCCUCCCCUUCCCUCCCCCACCGUCCUCCAGGUCUCCCUCCCCAAUGCCCUUCCCUCCCCCACCGUCCUCCAGGUCCCCGUCCCCGACCAACCUGGGCCUCCCUUCGCCAGGGGACGUCCACGGCCGGGACUCAGCCUGGUCUCCCUGGUCGUGGGCCAUCAAGCAGCCCCCCCCGGCUGCCGACUGCCAGUCCCCACCCAGCUACGCCCACUCCCAAGGCACCUCCACCUCCACUUCCUGCCGUGCCUCCACUCUGUCUCCCGACACGUCCUUAUCCACCUCCACCUCAGUGUCCAACAACACCUCCGCUGGCUCCAGCAACCCUUACAGGAGCGAGAUUUACACCUCCUCCUACUACACGUGCACCUCGUCGUCCGCCUCGCAGGCCCUCGAGCCCGCCCCUUUUUCCUGUGGCUCCAGUCGCUCGGCCUCCACCGACCCCGCCGUGGCAGCACCAAGGCCCGCUCGCCCCACCACCAUUUCCCUGAAGCCCCCGUUCUCUCUCGGGCAUUCGAAGGCUUCCUCCGACUCCCGGCCUGUGGCGGCAGCGGCGGGAAGGGUCGAGGUGCUCACGGGGCGGGACCUGCUGUUCGGCGGGUGGCUCGGCUGCGGCCGGACGGCGGGGAUGCUCGGCAUGCUCUUCUCUGCCGUUGGGAACUGCAUGCGGACGGUGGAACCGGCGCAGCGGAACCUCAUCGAUGAACCGGAGCUGGUGCACGAGGCGCGGGAGGACAUGUCGCCUGGUUCCCCCCCCUCUCAAAGGAGCGGCGGAAUGGCACGCGAGAAGCAGGUGAGCCGCGCCCCGAGGCCCGAGCUCGAUAACGCGCGGCAGGAGCGGGAGGCGUGGGUUCGAAACCGAGACGAGGAUAUAUGCAUCAUUGAGGAAUACUGCGACGUGGAGGAGGAGCUGCCCCAGCACCCAACGCACUCUGUCCCCGGCGUCCACCUCCCCCACGACAACCCUCGCCGCGGGACCAACAACAACAACAACAACAACAACAAGACCAUCAACAACAAUACCGCCACUUCAAGGCUAGGGAAGUUCGCUUCGGCUGUGAAGGGCUCAGCCUCGCGGCGCCCCUUGGUGCUGCUCAUCGGGGAGUCGCUCAGGACCGCCCGUGCGAACAAACGCUCCAGGUCCUCCUCAGGUGUGGUGCACGAGGUACCAAGGAUAGGGAGUGACGGCGAGAGCGAAGAAGCUUCGGGAGCCAGCGAUGAGGUCACCUCUCCUGUCAACGUCAAACUCAGGCAGAAAAAUCGGCGUAUCACACAAGAGGAUAUCAACAAACGCUUAUCGCUGCCGGCGGACCUGCGGGUGCCCGACGCCUUCCUCCAGAAGACGGCCAUCAGCCCCGACGGACCUCUCAGCAGGGCCUCGCGGAGACAAUCCCUCUCGGAGAUCGGCUUUGGGCGCAUGGAAACCUACACCAAGCUCGAUAAAUUAGGAGAGGGUACAUAUGCAACUGUGUACAAAGGACGAUCCCGACUAACAGACGCGUUAGUAGCCCUGAAAGAAAUUCGUCUGGAGCAUGAGGAAGGUGCACCAUGUACAGCCAUCAGGGAAGUGUCACUUCUCAAGGAACUUAAACAUGCAAAUAUUGUGACGUUACAUGAUAUUGUUCAUACAGACAAGAGUUUAACUCUUGUAUUUGAAUAUUUAGACCGGGAUCUCAAACAGUAUAUGGAUGAAUGUGGAGCACAACUAUCAAUGAAUAAUGUUAAGAUCUUCCUGUUCCAACUGCUUCGAGGGUUAGCUUAUUGCCACCAGCGGCGAGUUCUUCACCGAGACCUCAAGCCUCAGAACCUCCUCAUCAAUGACAAGGGCGAACUAAAGCUGGCAGACUUUGGCUUGGCACGUGCCAAGUCAGUGCCAACCAAGACGUACAGUAACGAGGUAGUGACGUUGUGGUAUCGGCCUCCGGAUGUUCUACUAGGCUCAACAGAAUAUUCAACACAAAUUGAUAUGUGGGGUGUUGGAUGCAUCAUGUAUGAAAUGAUCAGCGGACGACCACUGUUCCCGGGUGCCACAGUUGAAGAUGAGCUCCACCUAAUAUUCCGAACUUUGGGCACCCCUACAGAAGCCACCUGGCCUGGCAUUAGCACCAAUGAAGAUUUCAAUCAGUAUUCUUUCUCGUCUUAUACUGGAGAACCAUUGCUAGCCCGAGCACCCAGACUUGCCCACGAUUCUGCUGUCGGACUUUUAACGAAGUUCCUCUUGUAUGAAGCUAAGAAGAGGAUUUCUGCAGCAGCAGCACUAAAACACUCCUUCUUCGAGUCUUUAGGUCACACAGUUCACACACUCAAAGACCAGGAUUCUAUCUUCUCGUGUCCAGGAGUGAUGCUAACACGCGACCACAACUACAAAGUAACGAACGGCAGUCAGGCCAAGACGCGGCGCCAGAGUAUGCACUUCUGAGCCCUGCCCAAGAUUCCUUCCCAUCAGUUUUGGUUUAAGACCCAGUCUGAAGACAGUCAAUCACAAAAGAAAUAGCAAGGGUCUUGACGGAGUAACCUUGGAAAGAAGCUGGUCAAGAAACGGGCUGUUUGUGCGAUGUAAAUUUUGAUGGAAAUGUACUAUAACCAUUCCUGAAGAAACACUAAAUGAUGUCAUGGAUUCCUCAGCAACCAGGAAGCUCUGCGUACAUUUGAAACACCUUGCUGUCUAUUGUAACUCAAGUUGAUCAGGAACGCUUCCAUUGUCACUGGCAAUGGAGUGAUGCUUCUAUCAUACAAGUCCCUUUUUUCUUUUAUUUUGAUAAGGUGAUUUUUUGGAGGGCAUAGGUGUGUUUACGACUGUGUCAAGUAAUAUGUAUCUUUGCCAGUUUAGACAGGGUUUCUAGAACCUUUAGUUGUAAUAGUGUAAUAUUUCAAUCAUGUUUAGAAAUUCAAUCUCUCAACUUCUAUUCUGUUAGAUAUUAAUCAAAACACACUCUGCAAAAUUUAGCGUAGUUUCAUCAGGUAUACCUAUGGUUCUCAAAUUAAUCACCUUGCCAUAAAGUUGGUCAUAAAAGUAUAAAAGGUAGUUAUCUGCUGGUCAGAAUUGCAACUGCCACUUCCAUAGUAAUGGACUCUUCACUUGGAGGAAGAGGCUUUCCAAUAUACCAUAUGACCAAACUCCUGAUCAUAUUAGGUUUUGCUCUACAGGAUAUCUGCAUAGACGCAGUUUUACUGAACUCUGUGAUGAUUCGCUCAAUAUUACUUGAAAAUUUAACAUUGUAAUGGCUACCUGUUCCAAUUGUAAGAAUGAAAAAAAAAAUUACAGAUAGAAAUCAUUGACUUUCUAAUAUGGAUGAUGACAUAUCAUACUGAAGAAUGAAUGCCAUUGAAAAGGCUGGUGGAAAUACCCCAGGCUUGUGAAUGGAGAACAAGAAAGGUUUAUCAGUGUUGAGCAUAUUACAGGGAUAUAGAUCUCCUCAUCGAUUCUGAAGCAGGAAAUCUGUGAUUGGGUUACAUAAAAGGCAAGUUACAAUUGUGCCCCAUUACCCUCUAGCUUCCCAUCUCUUGUUUUAACUAUGUGCAAUGUAUUGUACUUCAUUUCAUAGAGUUGGAUACUUUUGCAGUUUCUGUGCAGAGUAUCUCUCAUUUUUUUCAUUUUGUAUGGUUGCCAUAUAGGCUCUUCCUAAGUAGUUAUUAAUAUGUUAAAGAUUAUGUGAUAUAAAACUUAAUAAUUUUUUGAAGUUCUUGGUUAUAUGACACCUCUACAUUUAUUUUGAUACAUGAUACUCUAUCCUAAUACAGAAACUUUUUACCCAACAUUUUCUUGCUGAAAAUUCCAGUUCAGUAGAUUGUUUUGUACCUGAUGAAAUCUCAAUGUUUGUACCGGUGAGGUGGUACACAAACCUCUCCCUGGUUGUCAUCAGGCACACCUCACUUGCAAUAACUCUUGGGUUGUUUUAGUUACAUGGAGGUCUGGGUCAAGUUGGGAUGAAGAGAAACCCUGUAGAGACUGCACAUUCUUUUGUGGGGAUUUAGUACUUGUGUAACCCAUAGAAAGGAAAACGUUUUUGCUGGGGAGUAUCUCAUUCUGCAACUCAUGACAGUAAGAAAUGAUUCUGCUACAUCAACUUGAUGGAGAAGAGGGUGUCAUCUUAGUACCGAUGACUUUAAAUAACCCACAAGCAUUCCAGUCUAUUAUUCUAUAUUUUUCUUUCUUUGAGUAAAUGAAUUCCUUAAUACACACAAAGCAUUUAAUUCACCCUGUUUUAGGAGUCAUUGCAAGUAUCGUUCAGUAUUUCUGGAGAGGUAUAUAUCAUGUUUUAAUCUUGUUAAUGUAUUUUUUCUUAAGCUAGAAUACAUGAAAUCUGACUUGAGCAAAGUUUGAGCCAACCUCUCCUUUUAACAUUCCUUAUGUGAUACAAUCCAAUAUUUGAAUAAAACGAUUGUGCUUUAUAUUUUUUUCCAAUUUGGGGAGCAAUUCACAGCCAUGAAAUCUGGUCUCGUUUGAUCAGAUCAGGGAGUCUAAGCCAAAGCAGUAGUUUAUAACCUGCUGUUUACUUUCUGUAGGAGGUUGAGCUACUUCAGAGGGUCAAAUGUACUGAUGAAAUAAAAUUACACUCUCUCUUUAUUUGAGGGAAUGAUUGACUCGAUCCAAAAUUGUGCAAGAUGUGUAAAGAAUUUCACCGAACAAAGAAAAACCUAACUAUUAAUUUGCCAUGUAUAUUUAGAACGGAACCGAUUCUAUUUUUGAACAGGUGUCAACUAUGACUAUAAUGUAUAUUUUCAACUAUUUCUAUCAUAGGUUGAAGAACAGCAUGACAUUGUGUCAAUGAUGUGUCCAAAAUGAUUAAAGAAAAUAAAACAUUA